GUGAUGCUCAAAAUGGCAGAAGUCUCAACCUUAGAGACAUGUCUCCAAGGUCCAGGUUAAAUCCUCGUGAUAUAAAUGGCGGGACAAGAAGUUGAUGCUAAUAUUUCUGUUAUUUUUAACGUUGAUGUCAAAGUGCUUCAUACUAUGGCUCAGAAACUUUGUUCAGACAUUAAAACUAAAGGACCAGGUUUUACGAGGUCGCCUGAUAACCUUCAGGUUAUCAUAGAUAACAUUAAUGAGGUUGUAUCUGGUAUGUCUGCCACAGGAGAAGAUCCUUUUCUCAAACACAUCAAUGUGCUCUUAUGUGAACUAAAAGUUUUGAGGAUAAUUUUGGUGUGUCUCGAAGAUAUCAAUAAACUAGAAGAGGAGAUAGAAAACUUAGGAAUUUUAGCCGAUACUUCCAUGCCUUUAUAUCUGGAAAAUUAUUUAAGAAAGUCCGCUGAAAGGGAGAGUCUAGAAAUUAGGAGUAAAAAGAUAACAGAAGUAACUGAAGAGUAUGUAGCAAAAGUUGAGAGGACUCUUGAGAAACUUUGUGCCUUUUUGAAAGAAAACAUUGUGGAAGAGACAAUGGAGACUGAACAAAAGAAUGAUGAUCCUGUAUCUAAUGACAGCAAUGAUGCAACACCAACUGAGUCUUCAUCAUCUUCCUCUGGUGUCAAUAAAUCUGUACCCAGUACGAUACGACAAGCAAGACCAUACAAAUUUGGAAUGGGAAAAUCUAGAAUUAUUUGGAGUCAUGAUGCUGUAGCUGCUCUAGUUGAUGGAGUGAAUACUUUUGGUGUUGGAAAAUGGAAGAAGAUUUUACAAUUAGAAUCAGCUAGUUCAUUUCCCACUCAUACUACUAACACAAAACUAUACGACAAAUGGAGGAAUUUGGUUAAGUACAGUCAUGUUGAAAUGAAAGAUGGUAAAUGGAUCAUCAAAAGUGACUCUAAAUGACGAUAAUAUAGUUUGUUACAUUGUGCACUCUUUCAUCUUUCAGUUGUUACUUUUUUGUUCUAAUUGUGCCGAUAUUGCUCUUUUACAGGUACUAGGCAUUAGCAUACUGAUUUCAAGUAUACUGUACAUGUGACUGCAUAUGCAUCUUUGUAAAAAUUGUAUGCAUUUAAA